AGAAGGGUACCCCUCAGUCCCUACAUCCUGCCUGCCAGAGCCCCACCCGAGGGAUGGAGGGGCGGUGGGGGCAUGGGCGACCUCCACAGCGGCCGUGAGGACGCCGGCCCCGCGCGCUGGGCGCGCCGCGAAGAAACUCGCCUCAGUGUUAUCCUCGUCCAGUGGCGCGACCGGACCUCCGCCGUUUGCCAUCGGGGAUACCGACCGCAGCUAGACGAGCCGUCGGUCUCUCGGCUUCUGCCGCUUCUGCUGCCGGCGGCGCUGCUGGCGGCGCUGAUGGGCCCCGCGUCGGCGGGGGCCUCGGCGCCUGCAGUUCUGGUGACGGACUCGCGCAUGACCCGGAUGGUGGCGUUGAUGGAUCGCGGCGCCUCGUGCAUGCCCUCCAGCGACAGAGCGUACAUCCGGCGCGUGGUGCUGGAGGCGCCGAGCCAUAUGGUGCGCGAAAUGUCGGACGCGGGCAUGGACUCCCUCAUGGAGGUGUGCAAGCAGCAUCGUCGAGGCUUGCCCGGAGGCAUCAUCUUCCCAGGGACCAAGUGGUGCGGCACCGGAAACAUCGCCGUGGGCUACCACGAUCUGGGCGAGAAGGAGGCAGAGGACAGCUGCUGCCGGGAGCACGACAACUGCCCUUCCCAGCUGGGCCCCGGGGAGUGCCGCGGAGGCCUCUGCAACAACACCCCGUUCACCACGUAA